AUGGGAAAGGAGAGUUGGGAGAGGGCCAUUGAAGCCAGACUUAAUGGGCCCAAGGAAGAGGUAAUGGAUAAGAAGAGGGAUGAGAGAGAAGAGAUGAAUCCCAUAAAGAUAAAAGUUUAUGUGAAUGAGGAUGGGAAGGUUGUGCUAAGGCCGUCUAAUAAGAGGCUGUGCACUGAAUUAAGCAAGUUGGAGGAGAGUGUGUAUGAUGUUAAGAGUAAUGAAUGGAGAAUAAGCGUGAAGGAUUAUAUAUCUGUGAAAGGGGAGUUGAAGAGGAAUAAGCUUAUGUUCGAUGAGAUUCCAAAAGGAACGUUAAGGAUUGCAUGCCAGGAAGUGGAUGAGGAGGAGUUUGAGCUUUUUGGGGACAUAUAUGAUAUGCUACUCCCAUUCCAAAGAGAGGGUGUACAGUAUGCCUUGAGUAGGAGAGGAAGGAUAGUUGUUGCAGAUGAUAUGGGGCUGGGGAAGACCAUCCAGGCGCUUGCUAUUUCGUAUUACUACAGGUCUGAGUGGCCUCUGCUGAUUAUUGCACCCGCAUCCUUGCUUGAAGAUUGGGCUGAUGCAUGUAAAAGGUUCUUAGGAGCAGAAGCAAUGGUGAUGAGAAGAAAGGAGGACUUUGGGCAAACGAUUGGGAUUGUGAGUUAUGAAGUAGCCUCUAGCAAUGCAAAUGCAUUACUUAGAUGUGAGGUGGGGGUGGUAAUUGCUGAUGAAUGCCACUAUCUCAAAAGUCUACAGACCAAAAGAACAAAGGCAAUAGUUCCAUUACUUCAGAGGGUUCCCAGGGCUGUCCUGCUUUCUGGAACACCAGCAGUGAGCAGGCCACUUGAACUGUACCCCAUAAUAGCAUCUAUUGACAGAACGAUAUUUCCACGCUUUGCAGAAUAUGGAGCUAGAUACUGCAACGGAAGGAAGGUGGGCCUGUGGUAUGAUUACAAGGGAUGCAGCAAUGCAGAGGAGCUCAACUAUAUUUUGAAGAAGUGCUUUAUGAUCAGGAGAACAAAAGACGAGGUGCUGGCGCAGUUGCCUCCAAAGUUCAGGAGACAGGUUGUUUUGCAAUGCGAAGGAAAGCAAAGUGAUCCUAGAAAAGAAGUUGUGGGAGAGAGUGUGGAUAUGAAUGUGGUUGUGCAGUACCGAGAGGCUGUUAAGCUGAAGAUGGAGCAGGUGAAGCAAUAUCUAGCAACGAUGAUGGAGAAAAACAUGAAGUUUGUGAUCUUCUGCCACCAUUCGGAGAUGAUGGAUGGGAUUGAGGAGUUUUGUGUAGAAAGAAAGGUUCCGAUGAUCAGGAUUGAUGGAUCCAUACCUAGUGGCAAUAGGCAUCUUCUAGUCAAAAACUUCCAAGAAAAUGAUGAGAUAAGAGUUGCACUAUUAAGUAUAACAGCAUGUAGCACCGGGCUUACACUCACUGCGGGGAGGGCAGUGGUGUUUGCCGAGCUGUACUGGAAUCCUGGGGUUCUUCUUCAGGCAGAGGAUAGAAUACAUAGGAUUGGACAGAAAAGCAGUGUUGAUAUUAUAUAUCUGGUUGGAAGGGGAACGAUUGAUGAGUACGUAUGGCCCAAACUUCUAUCAAAGCUGAAUGUUCUGGAGUCUUUAGGGAUAGGAAGCAAUCAAUUGAAGAAUGUAGGGGUGUCUUCUCAGGCCAGUGGACAGAAAACUCUAUAUCAGCUCAACAUCAAAAGAUGCAAUUGA